AAUUCGAGCCGAAGAUUUUGCUUUUUCCUUACGGACCAAACCGAUCAUCGGUGGGCCUAUAUACACCGGGUUCGGCUUAUGUAACCCCCGCUGGUCCGGACGAAUUGAAAUCGAAGAGAGACAGAGGAAGAUAGAGAGGGAAGGAGGAGAGGGGAGAGACCGGAAGGAUGCCGCGGGUUGCGGCUGCAUUCGCCUUCUCCGUCUUCUUCGUCGCAGCCGCCGUCGCCGCCGCCGUUGCCGCCGCCGCCGUGGCGGAAGCCUCCAGCAAUGAUUCCCAGGUCAAAUGCAGCAGAACCUGUGUCGCGGAGAAUUGUAACAGUGUUGGGAUCAGGUACGGCAAGUACUGCGGCGUAGGAUGGACCGGCUGUCCCGGAGAGGAGCCGUGCGACGAGCUUGACGCUUGCUGCAAGGUCCAUGAUGAAUGCGUCGAGAAAAAAGGAUUAAUCGACAUAAAAUGCCAUGAGAAGUUCAAGAGGUGCAUAAAGAAGGUACACAAGUCUGGGAAGGCCGGGUUCUCUCGGGAUUGCCCUUAUGAUACUGCUGUGCCAACUAUGACACAGGGCAUGGAUAUGGCCAUCUUACUCAGUCAGUUUGGUAGCUCGAAGCUCGAGCUUUGACUUGUUCACGAUCAUCAAAGACUGCUGGAACUCGUCCCUCCUGCAAUCAACCCUCUAAUCGCCCAUUACACAGUUGAAACCGUUAAAUUCUUACAGGUCACAGGCAAUUUUGCACUUGGUUGACCUUUGAUGUGAAAUUAUUUCAUGGAGUGAUAAUGUUUCAGCAAUGGAAAAAUCUUUCCGUUCUAUGUUUGCAUAGAUCACAUCUCAAUGAUGAGUAGAUGUAUUCAAACAGAUAUGUUAAUUUGACACAGUUUCUUGUGUUGGUGUUUA